GAGAUGGAUGAGGUUGGAUGCAGAGCAGCUCUUUGACUGUACCAGGACACUCAGAAGGAACUGCUACUGUAAGGAAGGAAAGCCGUACAAGAUAGGCGUACUGUAAUAUAUAUUAGCGGUACAUUUACAAAAAUAAAUUAGAAAUACAUUGAAUAAUUCGAAUAAAUAAACCUGUUGAGCGCGUGGGAAGAUGCUGCUGAGGGAAAGCUGCGGUGUAGUUUUGAGCUGCAUUGUGCUCGGAUUCAUCUCUCUGCCUUUAAACCGUGUGGCUGCAUGUAACGAGCGUCAGUUUAAAUGUGGGAACGAAAAAUGCAUCACAACCCGCUGGGUGUGUGAUGGGAUGGACGACUGCGGAGAUGGAACCGACGAGCUCGCUGCCACCUGCGCUGAGAAGCAAUGUCUGCCGUCGGAGUUCACCUGCAGUGAGAACCCUGUUGAGUGCAUUUCCUCAAGUUGGCGUUGUGACGGAAAGGCCGACUGUAAUAAUGGAGCGGAUGAGCUGGGCUGCGUCCUGAAAAACUGCACCGCAGGCGAGUUCCGUUGCGCAGACGGCCAGUGCAUCUCGUCCUCAUUCGUCUGUGACGAGGACGCCGAUUGUUCAGACGGGACCGACGAAGCCUCUUGCCCCAAGCCCAGCUGUAUAGCUGGUUCUUUCCAAUGCAACGACUCGGUGUGUGUUCCUCAGCUGUGGGCUUGUGAUGGAGACGCAGACUGUGCAGACGGCUCUGAUGAGUGGAGUGAGCACUGCGGGGAGAAAUCACCUCCGAACAUCUGCAAUGGUCAGGAGUUUCAGUGCAGCAACGGACAGUGCGUACACAACAUGUGGCGGUGCGACGGAGGCUUCGACUGCAUCGACCACUCGGACGAAGCCAACUGCACUGUGGCCACAUGCCGACCCGACGAGUUCCAGUGCAACGACGGUAGCUGUAUUCCCGGCAUCCGCCAGUGCGAUGGCGAGUACCACUGCAAAGACCUGAGUGAUGAAAACGAUUGUGCCACUGUAAGUAAAUGCGACGGUCCGGACACUUUUCAGUGUCGCAGCGGAGAGUGCAUCAGCAUCGAUAAAGUGUGCAACAAGCAGCGUGACUGUAGGGACAUGUCUGACGAGCCCAUCAAAGAGUGCAAUAUCAAUGAGUGCCUUGAAAAUAAUGGGGGCUGCUCUCAUACCUGUAAAGACCUGAAGAUCGGAUAUGAGUGCCUCUGCCCUUCCGGGUACCGCCUGGUGGACCAUAAACGGUGUGAAGACAUUGACGAGUGUGCUGACCCUGAGACUUGCUCUCAGGUGUGCCUGAAUCUUGUGGGCAGCUACAAGUGUGAUUGUAAGGAGGGCUACGAGAUGGACCCCAUGACCAGAGAAUGCAAAGCUGUUUCUGGUAACAUUCCGUACUUGUACUUCACCAACCAUCACGAGGUAAGAAAGAUGACACUCGAUAAGAAGGAGUACACGUGUCUGAUCCCGCAACUGAAGAAUGUGGUGGCACUCGACAUGGAUGUGUCCAGUGGGACGAUCUUCUGGUCCGAUCUCUUCCACAAAAAGAUCUACAGCUCUCCCAUAGACAAGGCUGCUUAUCCAUCCAACCACAUCACCCUGAUCGGCAACCAAAACUCCUCUCCUGGAGGCUUGGCUGUCGACUGGAUACAUGGCAACAUCUACUGGACCGACAGUUAUUCUCAGAGCAUUUCUGUGGCCAAAAAGGACGGGUCCAACCAAAAGACUCUUAUCAGAGACGGGUUGGAUAAACCACACGCUAUUGUUUUAGAUCCAGAGCGCAACUUCAUGUACUGGACCGACUGUGGAAAUAAGGCCAAAAUAGAGAAGAGUGGUUUGAACGGGGCAGAUCGUACUGCUCUGGUCACUGACAACAUUGUUUGGCCCAACGGCAUCACAUUAGACUUGAUGAACCAGCGGCUGUACUGGCUGGACUCUACACUGCACACACUGUCUAGCGUUGGCGUCGACGGCGGUUUGCGUCAUACGCUCAUCGUCGAUGAGAGGCACCUGGCUUUUCCACUUUCACUGACUGUGUUUGAGGAGAAAGUGUUUUGGACAGACUUGCCGAGCAGAAGCAUCCUGAGUGCAAAUCGUCUGACGGGAAAAAACAUUCUGAAAGUAGUAGAGAACCUGGCGUCUCCCAAGGACAUUGUGGUGUUCCACAACUACAAGCAGCCCAACGGUACGAACUGGUGUGAAGCAGGAAACCACGUGAAUGGUGGCUGUGAAUAUUUGUGUCUGCCGGCUCCACGAGUGACUCCACAUUCACCAAAAUACACAUGCACCUGCCCCGAUCACAAGAUCCUUGGCCCUGACUUGAGAAAGUGUGUGGAAGUUGUAAAGCCAGUAACAACGUCAGCAGUGGUUCCACCUGCAGUUCCAGCUAGUACUCCAUCAAAACAACCUGACAUACAAACCACCACAUCAACAACCAGAAGUACAGGCUCCAUGACUUCCUCAGACGCUGCUGGGUCUCGAAAGAAUGCCCCCGCAACCGAGACUGAGAUCAAAGCUCAGGAAGGAUCAAACGAUGUGUACGUUGCAGUCUCCAGCCCGUCGCAACACUCAGUCGCUCUCUACAUCAUCCUUCCCAUAGUGGCGAUAUGCCUGACUGCAUUUGGCGCCAUGCUGCUGUGGCGUCAUUGGAGACUGAAGAACACCAACACCAUCCACUUUGAUAACCCUGUGUACCAGAAAACUACAGAGGACCAGGUGCACAUCUGCAGGAGUCAAAGCCAAGACGGUUACGUCUACCCUCCACACCAGAUGUUGUCUUUGGAUGAUGAGGAUGAGGACAUUGCAUAAUGGUUCUCUCAGAAAAACACAAACAACCCAACAGGAGGUCAAAUCCGAACAACAAAAGUGUCUCAAAGUUUAGCAGGAACUUUAGCUGCUGCUCACAUAUUUUGAGGUUGUUUUUUUUUUUUUUGCUGCACAAAUCUGAAUGUGAACGAAAAAUCCACAAAUGAAGCAUGGGCACAGAAGAAUGUCAUCAUCCCUAAUUUAUAAAAAAAAAAAAAAAAAAAAAAUGACCACUAAAUAUUUAACAAUAUUUUAAAGCUUUUGGACCAAAGUCCUGACAGCCAUCAGAUUUCCACGUCUUUUGCAGAUGCAUGUUUACGCGAUAAGCAACAGGUCUUGCAGCCAAAAUUACGAUAAGAUUAAAGCCAGUAAGAAUCGAAACUCAAAUGAAGGACCUUCGACAGCAUUUUCACCUUGAAAGAUGAUUGUAUAUGUUUCGGUAAAACUUUUUUGAGAAGCCCCGCGUAAGGACCCGUGUGACACGUUCAUACAUUUUAAGCAGCAGAAUGUACGAAGUGAUGAAGAGCCUUUGCUCUGAAAGCAUCUCCCGCAUAUUAAGGGAAGUAUAUUAAAGAAAUACUUCAAUAUUUUUCGCCGUCAUCUGUAAGAUAUGCGUGAUUACGGUUCUCGGUUUUAUAAAGAGAACAGAAAAUCGAAUUCUUAUUAUUAUACAGACUUUGGGAGGUCAGUUGCUGUUAUUAUUAUUACAGAUUCGAAUGCUAUUCUCGAUGAAAGAUUCUCAAAAACACUUUCGUGCGCGUUACUGAUUCCCUCGAAAGCUGAAAAUAUAAUGAAACUCUUGCUUAUGAUAAAUACACACGGAAAUGACAUACACUACAGCUAAGAUUAGAGUUGAAUAAUGCUGGAGUAUUUCUUUAAUAGAGCGUGCGAAUAUUGCACAGUAUAAAUGUCUGUGGUUGUCCAUAGGCAUUUAUAUCGCUACUGAAUGCAUUGUGUUUAUAUCAUAGCCAUCGCUGGGCUUUACAACAAAAGUGUUACCUGUAGUAAGACGUUACUGUAAAUAAUAUUCGCUAUGUGGAGUUUUACUUUUCCUUGCACUACAAUUUUAUUUUUAAAGAUUUGGGUUGGAUUUUCUGAAUGACGAACCAGAUUGGAGUACAAAUUAUUUUUUGCACAGUAAGGAGAGCUCUGGUACAGAAAGUGAAGAGAGAUCUGAAGCAUCAUGAGCCAUGACAGCUUUUUUGUUUAAUAUCCGAAGGUCACGAUACUACGAUCGCCUUUCCAAAGAACUAUUCAGGGAGAAUAAAAAUAACAAAACACAUAAAUCAAUAUAGGUUUGCAUUGCUGGCAUUUUGCACUUGAAGACAGAACAGCUUGUUACCUCUUGUUGAUGAAGAAUGCAGAUACGGUAGCUUUACGAUAUUUUGUUGUGAAUGACCAACAGCAUCUUUGUGCUUUCGGGUAGCUAUGUACCUGUAGCGAUGUCUUCUGUAGAUUAGCUAGAUACGUGGCUUAUCUGUUUGUUCUCGUUUGAAACAUGCCUUACGAUGAAAAUAAUAUUUGUUGCCUUAACCCUCAGGUUUCAGAACAUACACUUCCUCUAUAUAACUGGCCAGAAAUAUACAACCUGAUAACUGUUAAAUGGGGGACCUUUUUUUUUUUCUUCACAAUGAUAUUUAAGAGCAUGUAAUCAGCAUCAAAUCAUGUCUAUCGACAACGCUGCUGUUUUUUUUUCUUUUGUACACUCCAUGAAUUGCGCAAAUAUCUAUUUUGAAACAAUGCAAAUGAAGUCAUAACCUGAAGUUAAAUGUAAACUGUAAAUAACGCCUGUGUAUAUAUAUUUUGUGUGUCUUUGUCUUUUUUUUUUUUCUUUUUUUUUGGAGUUUGUAUAUUUCAAACCACAGAUUUGUAAAUAGGAAAGAAAGUGCUUUAUUUAUUGUAACAUAUCUAUAUAAUGUGUCAUUUUGUUUUCUAGCAUCUUCAUUAUUUGGGCUGUUCUUAUAACAAGAAAUAUCGUUCACACUUUAUUUAGUCUCUAAUCCCCUCUCAGACAUAGUUAAGUCGACGGUAUCACCCCACUUACUAGGUAUAGUACCUUUCUUUUUCUCUGCAAUUACUGAAAAUACCUGCACUGUUCUAGAUUACACGACAUGUCAUUUAAGACUUUCUUUCUAUUUGAUAGUGCUUUUCAUUUUGUCAAAGUUAAGAGUAUAAGUAAAUGGACAGGUCCUGUGUGAGAAAUUUUCUGAAAGUUCAUGAAAAUAUGGUUCUUUAUGUGCCACUAUAAUCCAUAUGUAACAACAUUGUUGAUAUUUUGCUUGAUGUUAAUUGAAUAUGGGACCAAAACUAUCUGAUAAAAUGGGCCAUGCUAACAUCCGAAAUGUAGUGUGUAAAUUUUAUCGAAGACGACACUAACAAACUCAGAAACUCAUGCAAUGUAUUGCUCAUUAUAAUAUUUGUGCCUUGAAGGGUUGAUAUUAUUAUUAUUAUUACUGUUAUGUUUUUGUGUGUCGAAAGUUGCAAAAUCUUGAAUGAAACAAUACACUUGCUUUUGUUGUGUCCCUUGAAAAAAGAAAGAUUAGUCCGUCAUAGACAACUGCAGUAGAUCUGAACUUUUAAUAAAGACAAGAAAACAAAUGAAGCAAAGAACACAAACUAAAUUGUGUUUAUUUUCUGUUAUUGUUAAAUAAAUGUUAUCUUUUAACAUGA